GGAAAUACCUGCAGUUUGUUUCCUGCUGUGCUUUCGUUUGUUGCUUCUAAAUCAGCUGCAGAUAUCAAGUAAACGACCAAAGCCUUCGCUUCUGUCUUCAUUUGAAUCCUGACUUCAUUUACCCAUCUCCCUCAUCUACUUUCUUUUCUCCUUUUUGUUUUGUAAUGGGUUUCCGAUGUGCGGUCUUCCUCCGAUUGCGAAUCGAUCGACGGGUUUGGGUGGUGGGGAAUGCACCUGUGUGUACCCCAUCCCUUUGUCUUCUAUUGGAGUUGUUCACCGCGGCGGGUCUGAGACUUGUGUUCUUCUUCGAACUCCUCAUACAUUACGAGCGCCUUCUUUUAUCUUUUCAUCUCUGCGACUCGUGGCUCCUUUUUCAGUGUUUUUACCACCUCCAAGAGGUUUCUUUCUCUCUACAUAUCCCCCAUUCAAUUCGCUCUUGUUCUCUGGUUGUAGGACGUAGAGGGAGGAAGCUUCGUCGCCGGAGACCAUUAGUUUCCCAGGAGGAAUUCCUUUGAUUCCAGCGGCCGGGAGAUGGGUCGGGCGGCGCGGUGGCUGCGGAGACUCUGGAGCAGUAGCAAACAGAGCAAGGAGCCGAAGGACUAUCCCGGUCAUGGCGCCGAGGAUAGGACGGAGAAGAAAAGAUGGAGCUUUAGAAGGUCGAGGGAUUCCGGCGAUGUGGCGCCGGGCCAGAAUGCUUCCACGGCAGCGGCGAUCGAGGCGGCGUGGUUCAAGUCCUUCUACGCUGAAAGCGAGAAGGAGCAGAGCAAGCACGCCAUCGCCGUGGCCGCGGCCACGGCUGCUGCGGCCGAUGCCGCGGUAGCUGCCGCCGAGGCAGCAGUGGCCAUGGUGCGUCUCACCAGCAGCGGAGUGGACGCCGUGUUCGGCGGCGGCGUUGAGCGGCUGGCGGCGGUCAGGAUCCAAACAGCAUUCCGAGGCUACUUGGCAAGGAAAGCACUCAGAGCGCUCAAAGCAUUGGUCAAAUUACAAGCCUUAGUCAGAGGAUUUCUUGUUCGCAAGCAAGCCGCGGCAACUCUUCACAGCAUGCAAGCUCUCGUGAGAGCUCAGGCCGCCGUCCGAGCUCGAAGAGCACGUAACCUUCUGCCUGAUGAUGGAAAUCUUGUGCCGGAGAUCCGCCGCCGGAGAUCAUUAGAAAAGUUUGCUGAUCCGCGAGGCUUGCAAACGUCGUCGUUCCAGAACAGGAGGUUCUCGACGAGCAUCGAUAGUCCUAUCCUUGCGAGAAGCCCAAAGAUCGUCGAGAUCGAUACGUGUCGAACUAAGCCGAGAUCCGCUCGCCGAGCCAGUCUCCCGGCCGUAGAUCCGGCAGAUGACCUGCCUCUAUAUGCAUUCUCCUCCCCGCUUCCAUGCCAAAUUCCAGCGCGGAUCUCAAUUCCCAGCCGCUGGAACCACCAGGAGAACGACUGGUGCAUCAACGGUGAGAAGUGCCGGUUAUCAGCCACGGCGCAGAGCACGCCCAGAUACAUGAAUUCGUUCGGCAACGUGGCCGUAACUCCGGCGAAGAGCGUGUGUGGUGCUGAGAGUGUUUUCCGGCCGUACUCGAGCGUGUCAAGCUCCCCCAGCUACAUGGCAAACACGCAGUCAUCCAAGGCAAAGGUGAGGUCUCAGGGUGCACCGAGACACCCGCCGGAAUCAGCAGAGACGAGAAAGAGGCAGCCUUUGGGCGAGGUAAACUUGGAGGCCAGGGCUAAUUUUGGUGGUAUUGGAAUGCCCAAGCCCCGCUCUCAAGUUCAAGAUGCUGCUUUCAGCUUCAAGAGAGCGGUGAUCGGCAGGCUGGAUAGGUCCUCAGAGCCGGGCAAGGAAGCAGAGAGGGAAGUUUACUUGCGGAGAAUGUGAUGAUGCAAUGGGGUUCACAAGCUCAGCACAAGAGGAAAGACAAAGCGCUCUCUUCUCCUUCUUCUUCUUCUUCUUUUCCUGUUUGUGCGAACAAUUUGGAUGAGAACAUCGAUAGCAUGGUGUGGAGUAAAUUUUUAGCACAUUCACUUCA